AUGUUUGUGUUGCUACUAGCUAUGACCUCGCUGGGUGUUGCAGCAAGAAGACUGCGCCAGGACAGCCAGGACGGUGACAAGACUCGCUCUCCUCCAGCCACUGAGCUCCACCCACUGCGUGCCUUCCUCCUCAGCGCCAACAAUUGUGAAGCAGCGUGCAGUCGUGAAUAG